CGCGGGAGUAUCAAAGAAAAAUGUAUGUCACAUCGGAUAUGGCUGUAGAAAAUUCGCCUAAAAUCACUCUUUCUAAGGAUGAUAUCAAGGGAGCUUCCUUAAGAGUGAACACCCCUAGUCAACUGACUAUUCCUGCAUUAAAGAGAUGGCUUUCCUGCAGGAAAGGAGCGAAAUUGAGCGGAACAAAGCGAUACUUAGUCGAAAGGUAAAUACACGUGAAUAGCUUAUUUCUCCGGCAUACCGGUAUUUUACGUUGGAUGAUCAAACUAAAAGAAAUCAACUGUCCCUUUCAGAGUUCAAAGUUAUAUAAAUAGUACCCUCGAUAAGGACCUUAUUGAUCCAGCCAAUGUUUUCACUUUCAAAGCCAUCACAUGUUUCUGGCAAAUCGUCCGACGCUGUGUUUACGUACGGAGUCGGCUGCUUUCGUUUGACCGAUUUUCGCUCUCCUGGAGGUUUCCUCGGUGUUUUUUCUUGCACAAAGAAAAACUUUGUGGGAAUUGACCCUGGUUUCAAGUUGACAAGCAAGGAACCCAGGAUUUUCCUAAAACAGUCGGCUUCAAAGUGGUCGCCACAUAGCCUCGAGUGCUCAUUAACUAGUGUGUUUGUUCGCCGAAUUUUUGCAAGCCAUUUCGAAAGCAGUUCUUUGUUCUCCAGCGGUAAGCGAUGCCAGGACUUUUUGAUUUUCAUGUCUGAAGAGUUUGUACAGCCCUAGGCAUUACACCAUUGAGACAUUUCGAACAAAAAGUGAAAAAAACAGACGAGGGGAAUUGAUUAUAUCUCUAAACACCAACAAAACACGCCAAGCCAUCACCACCAAGCCUCGGUUUGACGCUGCGAGAAAUUUUUUUGACGUCAUCGCGCAAAAGUGCUUUUGGAUUUGGAGGGAAGACAAACAGUGAGUUCGCAGAGGCCCUGCUUCACGUUCGUUGGAUAGUAGAACAGAAAGCUUCAUUCGCUCUCAGCACCUGGGCAAAAAGCCACACUGUACUACAUGGCUGACUAGAUCAAUUCAAAAGCAUGGAAUAAGCGAAGUAUAGCUUUGAGAUUUGGUAAGAAAAGGAGCAUAGAGUUUGCAGUAACCUUUUUCAUCUAAGCACUAAUUAUCGCACCAACCUUGUGAAAUGGAAGGUUGAGAUGAAAACGUUUGCCCCCCGCAAAAACUAAGUGUAUUCCAAAGAUGAAAUUAUAUGUUAAAUAUCCUCGUCAUUUUUGCGGGAGUCCAUGAGCUUAUGAAACAGACUUGGCUGUUGCGUCAUGCUAUGCCCAGCUACAAUGAUGACAAAAUGAAGCUAAAUGAAGGGCCCAAUACGAUUUUGCUGUUUAAUGACAGUCAAAACAAAACCACAAAGGCAAUUGACUUGAGCAUAGGCACGUUUACAGCCAAAGCCAAAAUAUAUCACUUUGGAAUAGUGACGCCGGCUUCUUUGGAUUAUUUACCCGAAGAGGACAGAGUGUAUUAUUCGGAUAUUCGGCAGGGUAUGAUCCUCAGUGUCUUCUCAAAUGCAACUUCCUUAAAAGUUUUAUUCAGUUGCAAUGUAGUAAAACCACUUGGUUUGGUCAUCGACAAGCCUGGAAGAAAUAUCUUUUGGACAGACGUGGGAACUAAAAGAAUCGAAGUGGGUAGUAUGGAUGGAAAAAAAAGAAAAGUACUGAUAGAAAGUGGAAUUGAUGGGCCUGCAGCCAUAGUUCUCGACAUACCGCGAGGACUUCUUUUUUGGACUGAUAUUGGAAAAAACCCAAAAAUCGAAGAAGCUGCAAUGGACGGAAGUAAUAGACGAGUGAUUGUGAGUGAAAACUUGGGUACUCCAACAGGAAUAACCAUAGAUCCUUCGUCGAGCCGUCUUUUCUGGAUUGAUGCUAAAUUGGAUAGAAUUGAAGAGUUCAGUUUAAAAACUAGCAAACGGAAAGUCCUUCUUUCACUGAAGAGGGGCGUUUCCGGUUAUGGGCUCACAAUCCACCAGAGUUGGCUGUACUGGUCUGAAUGGCAAACCAAAAGUAUUUCACGAGUUUCAGCCAAUGGUGGCAAUGUGGAGAUCAUGGUUACCGGACUCAUGAAACCAAUGGAUAUUUUGGUCUAUGAUACCGCUUCGACCAUUAGCAGCAGCUGUUCAUUGAAAAAUGGAUUAUGCAGUGAUUUUUGCUUAUUAAGCCCGACGGGAUAUCGAUGCGCUUGUCCAGCAGGAGUUCCUCUUCUUCCCGAUAGAAAAACCUGUGAUCAUGAUUUCUUCAAUGAAGCAAGCUCGGAUAAUUUUCUUUUGAUUGCUGGUUCGUACUCAGCUAAAAUAUACAAGAUUCCUCUCGAGGAAACCACUGAUAAGCCAUGCAACUAUUUGGAUAUUAAGGGUACGAUCGCAUAUCCAAUAGCUCUUGAUUAUGAUCCAUUGGAAGGUAUAGUAUAUUGGACUGAUGGUCGAGCUAAAGUCAUUGUUCGAGCUACUCUUGAUGGCUCUUCCGUGGAGGUAAUUGUGCGAGAAAACAUCCAGAGCCCCGAUGGCAUAGCAGUCGAUUGGAUAGCAAGAAAUAUUUAUUGGUCGGACGCUGGAACGCAGAGAAUAGAGGUUUCAAGACUUGAUGGAUCAUCCAGAAGAAGUCUUAUUACAACAGACAUUGAAAAGCCCAGAGCAAUUGCUCUCAAUUUCGCAGGAAGCACGUUGUUUUGGAGUGACUGGGGUUCUACGCCAAAGAUUGAGCGGACUAACAUGGAUGGCACUGGAAGGAUUGUACUAGUAAACUUUAAAUAUGCGUGGGUCAAUGCAAUUUCCUUAGACAUCGAAAAAGGACACCUAUACUGGUUCGACGCCAGGAUGAAAAGAGUGGAAAGGAUUGAUUUUGAUGGCAAAAAUCGUCAAUUUAUUGUAUCCUUUAGGUUUGUGAUCAACCUUCAUCCAUUUGCACUCGUUGUUAGAAGGGACAUUCUUUACUGGACUGACUGGUCACGAAAAGGGGUGAUUCGGUACAAUUAUACUUCACAUCGAGGUGAGCUGGUCUGGAAAGGCUUAGCAAGACCAAUGGGCUUGCACCUUCAUGAUUCUCAGAAGAUGUAUCAAGGGUCAAGUAAAUGUUCGCAUCUAAACGGAGGAUGCAGUAACCUUUGCCUACCACACCCUGAUGACCGUCGCUGUUUCUGUCCUGAGGGCGUCAGAUUUGUACCUGGAGACCCAUACACCUGUGAAGGCGCCGUCAAGUGUCCCUCCCUACCAACACCUGCAAAUGGCAUCCGACAGGGUUGCCAGGGAAAUACCACGGAGGAGUACUUAACCACAUGCACCUUCUCUUGCUCUACUGGAUAUUACGGCUCGGGCUCUAACGUUAGGAAGUGUCUACGAAAUAGCAGUUGGAGUGGGCAUGAAUUUACAUGCCAAGCUGUCAGAUGUGGCCCUUUGAAAGUACCUUUAAAUGCAGUUCUUGUGACUCCAUUUUGUGGAAAAACCUUCGGAGCAAAUUGUGUACUUGGCUGCCAGUAUGGAUAUGCAACCAGGAAUGGAAACGUCACUAGAUCGUGUUCCCCGUUGGGAAAGUGGAUUGGACAAGUAAUCAAUUGCCAAGACAUUCUUCCUCCAUCAUUUGGCAGCACCUGCCCUGCAAAACCUUAUCUCGUAUUUCCACGAAUGAAUGAGAUCUCAGCUGUAGUGAAUUGGAUGGUACCUGCUGCCAAAGACAACUCUGGUAAUCCUCCCGUGAUGCAGACAAAUUUCAAGUAUCCCCCACAAAGAUUAAGGGAAGGCACUCAUCUAAUUAUCUAUACUGCAACAGACAUUUCAGGGAACAAAGCAACAUGCAGUAUUCUCAUUAACGUCACAGUAAUUUACUGCAAAAGGCUGAGUAUCCGACCUGAAGGUCCUCUACGCGUAAACGACUGUGGCCACCACAAUGGAGCCCAUUGCUUGUUUUCAUGUGCAGUUGGUUAUCGCUUAAGAGGUUCAUCAACCAGUAAGUGCAUUGCUCCCGAUGAAAGAUCCUCAGGCAUUUGGAGUAACCCUCCACCGUCCUGUGAAGCUAUUAAGUGCCAGUCUGUCCCUUCACCGACAAAUGGGAGAAAAACUGGAUGUUCGGGUAACGCCACUGAAGUAUAUGGCGUACGAUGUAGUUUCACAUGUAACGUUGGCUUCCGUCUAUUUGGCUCUUCGUCCAGGUACUGCUUAGAUAACGGGACUUGGAGUGGACAAAACUCCACUUGCAAAGCCAUUGAAUGCGAGGCGCUAGUUCCUGCUCAAUAUGGCACUGUUUCACCAUCUUCAUGCCUUAAGAGAAGUAUAUUUGGCCACGAAUGCUCUUUUUCCUGCUAUGAAGGCUUCACCCUUGAGGGAACUGCAUCUAGAGUGUGUUCCUUCUUUGGAAAUUGGACUGGAAAAAACGAUACCACUUGCAAAGAUUUUACUCCUCCAACUUUUAAUGACUCUUGCCCCGGCAAUUUGGCAUUUCACACCGAUGCGUGUCAAGACAGGGCCACCGUGUCAUGGCAAGAUCCAGUUGCUACUGAUAAUUCACCAGCCGUGACUGUCAAGCUUCCCACAAUCAGGCCCCCUGUUAAACUCAUAGUCGGUCUCUAUGAGAUACUCUACACUGCAGAGGACACAAGUGGUAACAGUGCAAAUUGCAGCUUUGUUGUGCAGGUCGCAAGAAUUUCAUGCCCUAAACUUCAGCCACCUUUGGACGGGACCAUAUCUUCAACUUCAUGUGAAUCAUUCAUGGGAUCGACUGCCUUGUUCGCAUGUAACGUAGGCUAUCAACUCGCUGGGUCGAGGACGCGGUCAUGCCAAUCAAAUGGCACUUGGUCUGGAAACGCCACGUUUUGCAACAUUGUAAAAUGCCCUGCGAUAAAAUUACCUGUUCAUGGAGAUGUAAGUCCACAGGUCUGUAAAUCAGUAUCUGGUGUACAAUACAAGACAAGAUGUUUUCUCACAUGCGACUCAUUGAAUGGCUACAAGUUGGAAGGUCCACAAAAUGUUUCUUGUGAAGAAAACGGGUUAUGGAGCCCAGACAAAAUGGAAACCAUCUGCAAAGAUAUCCAGCCACCGCAAAUUCAGUGUCCUUCAAACAUCGUGGUUGAUGCAGAAACGAAUAGGUCGUAUGCAAAGGUCAGUUGGACUGUUCCAGUUCCGACUGACAACUCCAACAUACCCACAAGGCCCAUCGGCUUGUAUCCACCACAAAAGAUAAAAGCGGGUCGAACAGAGAUAAUUUACGAUGCUACUGACUCUUCUGGGCUUAGCGCACAGUGCAGAUUUACUAUCCAAGUCAAAGACACACAGCCACCAAGAUUUCUUUCCUAUCCAAGUAAUAUGCAGAUAGUUUCCGGAAAGAGAUGGAAUAAGAUCGCAUUACCCCCAAGUUAUCAUACAGACAAUGUCGGUGUCGUUUUGUUUACCACUAGCAUUCGCAACGGCAGCGAACUGCAAUGGGGAGAGUACAAAGUCAUUUACAUAAUUUCGGAUAAGGCUGGCAAUACGGCGAAUUGCACCUUUCAUAUCAAUAUAGCCGGGUCUUCGUGUGAAGAUUUACCAGCACCAUUAAAUGGAGCGAAAGCUUGCGAAACUUGGCUCGUAGGAAUGCACUGCACUGUGCACUGUAAUAAAGGAUAUGGAUUUGCUACGGAUCCUCAACAGCUGUAUUUCUGCACUCCUACGGGGAGAUGGGUUAAUGCAAAAGUGAAAGGAAAUGAAAAGCCCCACCUUCCCGAUUGCACGAAAAAGCAAAAUCCGACGGAUGUUCGCGUCGAAGGAAGGGUUCAGUAUCAUACGAACAAGUGUGAUGGUGAAGAAAGUAAGAAAGUUGUGGCAAAGGAAUUUAUAGCUCUGUUUAAGCAGCACCCGAUCGGCCUUUUUGGCGGCUGUCUCCGUAAUGACAAGUGCAAGAUUGAAAACGUGAGAGUUGAAUGUGGAACAAGAACAAGAACGCGAAAAAGGAGAGGAACUUUCAAAACAAAGAAAACUCCAAUAACUUACAUCCAGGUGCAGUUUACUGUAACUGUUCCACUAACAAAUACCUCUAAUCAGGAAUUGAACAAAACUACCAAAGAGAUUUCUCAAAACUUUAGGUCCGAUUUAGAAAACAUGGACCUGGACUUAAAUAUCAGUGGGGUUGAGAUGAGGCUUGACAAGAGCACACCGCCUGUCAUCGCUAUCCAAGAUUAUGUCUGUGACAAAGGACAAGUGAAAAUUAAGAGCCAUUGUGUAAACUGUCCAAUGGGCCAUUUCUACAAUGACAAGGAGGGAGUAUGCCAGAAAUGUCCAGCGGAUUACUACCAGGAUAAAGAGGCCAAGCCCUCGUGUGUUCCUUGUCCCAAUGGAACUACCACCCUGGGACAAGAAGCUUCAAAAUCGAGGAAGGAAUGCUUAGAAAGCUGUCAAGCUGGCUAUUUCUACGAUUUUGACAAAGCCUCAUGCCAGAAAUGUCCUGUGAACCAUUACCAGGAUCAUAAGGCACAGGUGACCUGUAUACCCUGUCCCAAAGGAACAUACACUCGCGGUGCGGAAGCCUCCAAGUCGCGUCACGAUUGCCACGACAAGAGAUGUUUUGUGAAAAAACCACCCAGGAAUGGGGCAAUUGCUUGCACAACCUGGUCAAUGGGACGCUAUUGUACUCCAUUUUGUAGCAUCGGAUGGGAUUUUACGAGACCAAUGAGAGCGUUUGGGGUGUGGUUUUGCAAUGAAAGAGGAAUGUGGCUGUCAAGACACUGGCCUGAUUGUUCUAUACCAUACAAGCCAAAUACAUUCAAAAUGGCGGGAGGGAUGUAUUAUUACAGCGGAGAUUGUAGAACCCCUGAAGUGAUGUCACAAAUACAGCAGCGGUUCAUACAGGUACUGAACUCGUCAGUGUUUCGAAUGGUCUGCCAGCUUCCUACCUUCCGUGACAAGUGCAAAGCUGAGAAUGUUGACGUUGAGUGCAUUAAUGACGACAGUAGCACUUACACAAAAACGCAAAAAACAGAAAAAUGAGAACACCGCAUAUCCUACGCGCGGCCUUUGGGUUUGAGACCACCAGAACCACAUAAAGGCAUGGCAUGGAGAUUGGAGAGAUAUGACAAAUAAUAACAAUAUUACGUCCAACUCUUUAGACUUCUCUUGUAUCAUUUUUAGAAAGUUGAGUUUUUCUUUUUUUUUUUGAAGAAAUCUGUUACUAGUUCUUUCAAGAGUAGUAUUGUUACGUUAGCAUAAUUUCAAACAAUCAAACAAGCAGACCAUCAGACAGAUGUAGUUUCCCUUAGUUCCGCACAUUCUAUCAAGUAGUCCUUUUGUGGUUGAAGCUGAUUUCAUGAGUAACAAAGGUGAAUGUGUAAAAAGUUGGUUCUUGCGAAGUACCUCUUGGAACGUCACUCUGGUACUUACACAUCGUCAGAGCUCCAAACAUAUUUACUGGUAGAAUUUGUAACCAGGAAUAACUAGUUUUCCAGCUGGGUUUUAUGAGACGGUUGCUAAAGAAGAACCUCGAGGUUUGUUUAUUCCAGUGGAGCAACGAAGCCAUAAAUAACAUAAAAAAACCUAUUAAAAUCCAAUAGUAGAAUUAACUGCGUGUAUUUAGUCAUAAAAUCUAAAGGAUAAAUUAAAUCUUGACUUGAUUGA